GUGGAAUGUAAACGCGUUUUUCGUCUGUCAGUUCGAUGCUGUCUACGAACGUUGUGUGUUCCUGCUGGAGAGAAAUAUAAGCCGUUCGUAGACCAAAAUUUUCGUGAUUACCCGGAAAAGAAACCAAACACUCAUUGACACGCAUUCGCGAUUAGUUUGCCAUUGGAAAGCCGACCGGCCUUACCUAAAAUUGAACGAAAUCACGGUCGAGAAUCAAAGCAUUUGCUAUACGACCAAAAUGAAUGUGGAUGAUUAUGAAACUCUUCCGACAGACCAUGUUGGAACCCAUAUGAUUGCUGGGGCCAUUGCAGGCAUUAUGGAGCACUGCCUCAUGUACCCAUUGGAUUCCGUUAAAACUCGAAUGCAAUCACUGGCCUCAACAGGAAGCGAUGGGAUUGUUGCCACCCUAAUCAACAUGGUAAAGCAGGAGGGACUUCUUCGCCCCAUUAGGGGCAUGGGGGCGAUGGUGUUCGGAGCUGGCCCUUCGCAUGCCCUGUAUUUCAGUUCGUAUGAAUACUUAAAGGAAACCUUUACGGAAAUGGUACCCAGUUCGAAGUACAACACUCUAUGCUAUGGUGGUGCUGGCUGUUUAUCAACACUUUUACAUGAUGGCGUCAUGAAUCCAGCAGAAGUUGUAAAGCAAAGAAUGCAAAUGGUAAACUCGCCAUACCGAUCAAUAGUCAGUUGCCUGGUCAAUGUGUACCGAAAGGAAGGAUUUGCGGCAUUUUACCGAUCUUAUACGACACAACUGACCAUGAACGUGCCGUUUCAAAGCAUCCAUUUUAUGAUCUACGAAUUUGCUCAGACAGUUACUAAUAAGGAAAGGACGUAUAAUCCGGCUGCUCAUAUGGCUAGCGGCGCGCUAGCUGGGGCUGUCGCCUCAGCAAUCACCACCCCAUUGGAUGUGUGUAAGACGCUCUUGAAUACUCAGCAAACUCCGCAGGCUGCAGGCCUGGUGCAAGCUAUGAAGCUGAUUUACCAGUUAAAAGGACCGGCGGGCUAUUUUAGAGGCAUGCAAGCUCGAAUCAUGUAUCAAAUGCCGUCGACGGCAAUUUGUUGGUCUACGUACGAAUUCUUCAAAUACCUGUUAGGAAGCACACAGGAUCUUCGAAUAGUCGCCCCAACGACUAAAGUUUUAGCCGAGGCAAAGUGCAGUGAGCCGAAUUCCGAUGAGGCCGCUCAGGCUCAUGCGGAGAAAGUCACAUUUAAGGCCAGAGAGAGUGGAUUACCAAGGGAGUUGCCCGCCAUGUCUGGCGCAGGUUUGUAUGGGUCAAUAUCAUUCAAUACCAUGCACAAUGCGGAUUAUCGGCAAAAAGAUUCAAUUUUGGAUGUGGCUCACACAUAGUUGUAAAUACUUCAUUUUUAAACGAUACAAAAUUGACUUGAAGAUUGGAGGCAUAAGUUCCCCGAAAUAACCGAAAACAAUAUUCAAACCCAGAUCUACUACUAUUUAUGCCUCCCUGUACAUACUAUAGUUUUUACUACCAUUUGUAUUCUAUGACAUAGUUGAGAUAUAAGUUCUAAUUAUCGUACAUAGUGUAAAUCUUCGCCAUUUUUAAACAUUCGUGAAAAUACAUUGGAGUGCGACAAUAAUGAGAAAAGAUGGUUAUUUUAAAUACAUCGAGGUGCUAUUUGCUGUAGUUGUCUGACUAAAGGUCAUCUGGAUUGGAAUAUUUGCUAUGUAUCAAGUAAACGAUUAUUCUUCACAUAAUAAUUCGAACUGUCCUCGUAGUUUGUUAUAAGAAGACUUGUAAAAAUAACGAAGAUUUGUGCUAGUUGUUUUGUAUUUGUCAUCAUAAGGUGACGUUUCUAAGCUGUGAUAAAGUCCUUAUCAACUGUUUUUUUGUAUGAUAUUGACUUCGUUCAGAUGGGGGUACUAUCAUAUUAUUUUUAACUACGUAUACACAUCAAAAUGUGCUAAUGUUUAUUUAAUUUAUAUCGAGUCUAUAUGCGGAUCCCAUAGAGUAUUUGUACAAGGCUUUUUCGAAAAUACGUAACAAUAUAAAACGGAAACUAGUUUUCUUAUGGACUGCAUGGUUUGCUUGGGACCGCCACAAUGCCUUAGUUUACGUGAGUCAAAUUGACCAGCGGAUCCUAAAAUUUGUAACAACAUUCUCGGAAUGCCGUGUAUACGUUUCAUUACACCGUGAUAAGGGUUCUUGUCACUUAAACCCAUUUAGUUUUACUGCGUAGUGUCAUAGUUUGUUUUGUUUUUUUUGUGAGGAAAGAACAUUUUUGUAAAAAGUGAUGUUUAAAUAUAGAUACAUGUUACACA